GCUAACCUAGUUAUUCAAUCUCGCAUACCCUGAUUGAACCUUCAAUAUAUCUUUAUACUUCCAUCACACACAUACACACCAUGACCUGGCUCAACUUUAAGGAGGAGCAAACCGACGCUCCAAAUCGUUCUGCUCGUAAGCAGUGCUGGGAAUCCCGUGAUUUAUUCUUUGCCUGCUUGGACAAAUCCAAGAUUGAAAACUCUUUAGCGCCAGGUGCUGAUAAGCAAGUUGCUUCCGCUUGUGCGAAACCGUUAAAGGCGUUUGAGAGAGACUGUGCUUCCAGCUGGGUCAAGUAUUUCCAGGAAAAGAGAUACGUAGACAUCAAGAAAGAAAGAAUGAUACAGGAUAUGAAGUCUAAGGGGAUCGAGGUUCCAUUUGGGAAAUAAGCAGACCGGAUGAAUCUAAUGGAGAAGCUGUACCCUAGUUGGAACUUGUAUAUAUCUAGCUUAUCCCACCUGUUGAUAUAUGAAAAAUG